GUACAUUUCCAUACAUACAUACACCUAUAUGCAAUUCUGUCACACUCCCGCACUAACCACCUCUCUCUCUCUCUCUCUCUCUCUCUCUCUCUCUCUAUAAAGCUAGACCCUCGCUACUAAUUCUGCCUCCUUCCACAUUCCAAUCCAAUUCACAGGACACAAACAAUGGGCAAGAAGAAGAGCAAGAACAACCAAGGCGAGAAGAAGAACAGCAACGAUGAGCAGCAACUGCAACCGCAGCCGCAGCAGCAGAAGAAGAAGACCGAAGACAGCGAAGGAGGAGGAGGGAAGCAGGACGACGGUCUAACCACCGCGGUUUUGAAGGUCCCCAUGGACUGCGAAUGCGAGGGGUGUGCUACUAAGAUUAGGAGGUUCGUCCGAGGAAUCCAAGGUGUUGAAACCGUGAAAGGAGGCGGUGAGUUAAGCAAACUGACGGUGGCCGGGAAAAUAGAUCCGGUGAAGCUCCAAGAAAUGGUUGAGCAGAAGGUCGGGAAGAAGGUCCAGCUCGUAUCUCCGGUGCCGAAAAAAGACAACAAGGACAAGGACGGUGGCGGAGGAGGAGGGGAGAAGAAGGCGGAAGGGAAACCGGACAAAAAGCCAGACGAGAAGAAAUCCAAAGAGCCUCAGGUGACGACGGCGGUGAUGAAGGUGAAUCUGCACUGCCAGGGUUGUAUCCACAAGAUUCGGAAAACCGUCACCAAGACCCCAGGGUUCCAAGACAUGUCCAUUGACGAGCAGAAGGAUCAAGUAACUGUGAAAGGGACAAUGGACAUGAAGGCUCUGGCGGAGGCACUGAAGGAGAGGCUCAAGAGAUCGGUGGAGAUAGUCCAGCCAAAGAAAGACAACGCGGAGAAGAAAGAGAAAGGCGGUGGCGGUGGCGGUGGUGGGAAGAAAGAGAAAGGUGGCGGCAGCGAAGAGGGAAAGACAGGCGGUGACGACGGAGGCGGCCAGGUGAUGGAGGAGAACAGGAUCCAGUACGUGCCGCAGGAGUAUCCGAACACGUACAUGUACGGGUACGGGCUGGGUUACCCGGUGGAGCAAUACCACCAUGCCCCACAAAUGUUCAGUGAUGAGAACCCAAAUGCCUGCUCUGUUAUGUAAGGGGUCUGAUUAGCAGAGGAUGGGAAAGUGGAAUUAUGCUACUCCAUAACUAUGAAUAGGAAAGUGUAAAUAACAGGUAUUUAGUGGGUUGAUGAACCAUAUGGGGGUUCAUCUCUUCCAAUAUCUAGUUGGUUAAGAGUAUUAUUAUUCAACUCGAGAGGAUCUCUUUUGUUAUAAACUACUCUGUUUCUGUGGGGGCAUUAACUAUUGGAAUGGUGAUGUUCUAGGUUGGGAUGAAGCCAACUGUACUCAAA